UAUCGACAGCAUGGAUAGGGAUGUUGUGUCCAAAAGGUUUGUUUUUAGCAAAAACUGAGGUUAUAUUUGUGACAUUAAGUCAGGUAAUGUCAUCUAAUGUUGGCGCCAGUCCGGAAUUUGUGUGUUUAAAUAUAUUCAUUCGUUUGAUUGUAAGAAUGAACUCUCCAUAUUUCACCGAAUCAAUAGCUGUAUUAGACACUUGUGCGACUGAAACUAUGGUGAAAAGUGAUGUAAAUAAAGGAGGAAUUCGCAGAUUGAGAUCCAGAAUGGCUCAAGGGCUCAGAUCAGAAGAUGGUCCUCCAAAAGUGAAAGCAGAAGUUCACGAACAGAGCAUUUCAGUUGCUCCACUGCAAACACAUGCAGAAACUCCUGCAGGUGAGACUAACUACACAGACAAAGGUGAAGUACAUCAAACAUGCCACGGCUCUGAUCCAGCAGGAGUUUGGCGGAGACAUGUUGGAGGGUCUGAUGCGUCUGCCGGGCGUCGGCCCUAAGAUGGCCCACCUGGCCAUGGACAUCGCCUGGAACCGGGUGUCCGGCAUCGUGUGUUGCAGGUUUGCAGUUGAACGUGUGGACGAUCUGGCCUGUUUUAUAUGCAGUGGGUGAUAUAGUCGAUCAUCACUGCUCAGGUCAGUCGUGUUUGUGUUAUUGAAUCUGUGUGGGUUAGAUGAGCUGAUCCCAGAUCUGUCUAUAAAACACACGUGAAGAGGAAGAGUUCCGCGUGGAUAUCUGUGACUUAUCCAACAUCUGAUCUCUCCAAUCCUCUCUCUCUGGCACACACACACACUUUACAGUUCCUCCGGUCCUCUUCCACCUGUUUAUUCUCUUACUAUUAAAUUACUAAGAAACAACGCCUGCAGACUCAGUAUGUGGAAUAAUGCAUCCUCAAAAACUUUAAUAAAGCUCACGAUAUUAUAGAGCAGGCUAUAUUUGUGUUGUGAUUGCACACGGCUGCAGCUGGAUAUGGCGAACACUCUGGAGAGGGAGAUUCUGGAGCGGGAGCUCCGUCCACGGCUCUGUUAUUUGACUAAAGGAGACCGCGGCUACGGAUUUCAUCUGCACGGCGAACGCAACCGAGGAGCGCAGCUCAUCCGCAGGAUCGAGCCGGGCUCCCCCGCGGACCUGUCCGGUCUCAGGUCCGGCGACCGGGUGGUGGAGGUGAACGGAGAGAACGUGGAGGGAGAGACGCAUCAGCAGGUUGUGCAGAGGAUCCUGGAGGUGGAGUACCGCACCAGGCUGCUGGUGGUGGACCGGGUCACAGAUGAGUUCCUGAAGUUUCACGGUCUGCCGUGUACGGAGGAUAGGGCGAUUGAGAUGGGCUCUCUGUCCUCUCGCUCCUCAGCGGCGUCCUCUCCCCGCGCCUCCCCGCGAGACUCCGCCACUCCUCCCUACAGCAGACAGAGCUCUGAGGGCAUUUUCAUUAAUAAGAGUCCCAGCAGCGCUGGAGGAGUGAUGAACGGCUCUCCGCUCUACAGAGCUCAUGCCCGUCUGGCGUCACCCUGCGAACGCAAGACUGAACCGGAGGCCGAACCCUUCACCAAAGUCACAGCCAAGCCUGAACCUGAGUGUGAGCUCAGCACUGACCUCAGCGGAUCUCAGACCAGCACACAGGAGGAGACAGCGUUGGAGGAGGAUGUGGUAUUGAAGGACCUGCGUCCGCGCUCGUGUCACAUGACUAUAGGCGAGCAGGGCUACGGCUUCAACCUGCACUGCAAGAAGUCGCGCGUGGGUCAGUUCAUCCGCUCGGUGGACCCCGACUCUCCGGCGGAGCGCGUGGGCCUGAGGCCCAGAGACCGGCUCAUCGAGGUGAACGACAGGAGUGUCGAGGGCCUGCGUCACGCGGAGGUGGUGGCAUUGAUCAGAGCGGGCGGCACAGACACACGUCUGCUGGUGGUGGAUCCCGACACAGAUGAGCUCUUCAACCGACUGCGCAUCGUGCCCACAUCUAUUCAUCUUAAAGAGGACUGUGUGGACGGGCCGAUCAUAGAGAGUCCUGGAACGACAUAUCCAUCUGCACACAGCCCUGUGUCUUCUUCACUGGUCCCAGACACCCCCAAGAUCUCUCCACCAAUCAUCAACAUCACACUGACUGAGCCACCAAUCAGCAACGGCUCCCCAAGACACCAGAAUUCUGACCAUCUCUCCAGCGAUGACGCCCCUAAACCAAAGCCAGACGUGAACUCUGAGGAGCGGCCGCUAGAUCCGUUCUGGGAGAGCGGUCUGCAUCUGAGUCUGACCGCGGCGGAGGCCAAGCAGAAAGCCCGGGCCAAACGGCCCAACAAGAGAGCGCCCCCGAUGGACUGGAGCAAGAAACAGGAAAUCUUCGGCAACUUCUGA